AUGGUAUCUGAAGAUUCUACUGAUUCAGCAGAUACAAACAGACAACACACUGAUCACGGUGCAACUGAUAACAAUAAUGAUCAUCAACAUCAAGACAAUGGACCAAAGAAGAGUUCAAGAGUAGUUGGUGGUGGUGGAAGUGCUAGUGGUACAAAUCAAUUCCCUAAUGAUAGUGAAAGACAACCUCUUUUAUCACCAGACGAUCCAGGUGUAUCACCUUUAAACGUGUCAAAUGUUAAGAUUGCUAAGUUAUUAUUGAAUACAUUUUCAUUCUUAUCAACAAUAUGGUUCAUACUAUUAUUAUUAAGUGAUUUUGUUUCAAUACCAGGAUUAAAUAAUAAAGGUCGUUCAUUCUUGGAAAUAAAUUUUGUUCUUGUUUCAUUAUAUUCAACAUUAACUACAUUAGCUUUCUUCAAAAUUCCUUCAAAACUUGAAAGAUUAUUAGGAUAUAUAACUGCUGGUGUUAUUGGAUUUGUAAUAAUCUUAUUAUUAUUAUUUCAAAGGGAACAAAUGGGUAAAGUUGGUACUUUAAGUGCAUUAUGGGCAUUCUUGACGAUUAUUUUCACUUCAAUUAGUGAAUACUUGGUUGAACAAGGUAAAAUUCAUGAAGAGAUUAGACUUACUGGACGUGUGGAAACAAGACGUACAUUAACUGAAUGGGUUGUGAUAUUUAUAAGAAAUGUUUUCAAAACUGUUUUAUUAAUUUAUGUUUCAUUCAUUAGUUUAAAUGUUAUCUUACAUGUUUUUGAUACUUUAAGAGUAAAACCAUGGGGUGAACUGGUCCCAGUUGAAGAAGAUUCAUUCAGAUUACAUCUUUCAUGUUUUGGUGAUGUAUCAACAAACGAAUCAUCAUCACAACCAAUAUUAUUAUUAGAAUCAGGUCAUAAUUCAAAUGAAGAAUUUAGUGAAUGGGUUGAAGAAUUAUAUCAUUUGAAUAAAAUUGAUAGAUAUUGUAUUUAUGAUCGUCCAGGUUUUGGAUUUUCAGAUUCUUCACCAUCACCAGUUUCAAUAUCAAUUGUGAGUGAAUUAUUAAGUGAAGCUUUAAGGAAACAAAAAAUUAAUGGUCCUUUCCUUCUUGUGGGGUUUGAUAUUGGUGGAUUAUAUUCAACAGUUUUCGCUUCUCAUAAUACAGCACAAAUUGAAUCCAUAUUAUUAGUUGAUUCAUGGCAUGAAGAUUUAUUAUUAAAAGAUCCAAAUAGUAAAACCAAAAAAAGAGAACCUUUACCAAAAGGUGUUUCAUCAAUGGGACCUGGGGCAGGUUUGAAAUUAUGGCUUCGUGGAUUUUUUUCACCAUUGGGUCUUUCAGCUCAAGCUUCAUGGUUAUUUAAACAUCAUGGAUCAAGAGAUCGUAUCUAUGGACGUGAUUUACAUGUCCAGGGACAAUACCUUAGAGCAAGAUUACAAGAACAAAUCAGUGCAAGUGUAUUAUCUUAUAAUGAAGUUAUUAGUUCUAAGAGUUCCUUGGUUGAUAUACCAAUUUCUGUUGUUAGUUCUGAUUAUGUUAUUAAAAAAUCAUUGAAUUGGGGGAAUUGGCAAAGACAAUUAACUAAAAUUAGUUCAAAUACAAAAGAAUGGAAAAUUGCUGAUGGUGAUCAUGAAAUUUGGAAAUCUCCAAAGGGUAGAAGUGAUUUACAAGAUGUUCUUUUGAGGUUAUUAGAAUGA